GUGUGACACACGACACGUUAACUAAACUUAUUUCUGAGAUGGAAUCAAAUCAAUCCCAUUGGAAAGAAAUGAGCAAAAUCGAUUUAAGUACAAAAAAUAUAGAGUCGUUAAAUCAUUUGAGUGAACUUCUGCCUAAAUUAAAAGAAUUAAAUUUAAAUAAUAACUUGUUGCGUUAUUUAACUGGUACAUCUGCGUCGUUGACCACUUUACAAGUCAGAGGAAAUAGACUAACGAGUCUAACGAGUUUUGCACAUUUACCUAAUUUGGAAUACUUGGAUAUAUCACAAAAUCGGAUCGAGACAUUAACAGACCUUCAUCGCCUUGAACAUUUACGUGAAGUGUUUGCUGAUGAUAAUUUAAUUGCAUGCUGUUAUAACGUGUUACGUGUACCAGGAUUAGUGAAAUUAAGUUUGAGGAAAAACAAACUCAAAUCUGUGGAUUUUGAAUCGUGCGACUUGCGUCGACUGGAAUUACUUGACUUAUCUGAAAAUAAAAUAGAAUUAAUAGAAAAUGUUGAAAGACUAAUAGCAUUAAAGGCACUAAAUUUAGAUCAUAAUCUUCUACGUUCUUUUAGUGUCACAACAAAUAUGCCGCAGCUUACUUGUCUUCGUGUAUGUUAUAACAAAUUAUCAGAACUGGAUGUUUCGUCGUUUCCUAGUUUAAGAUUAUUAUGGGUAGAUGAAAAUCGUCUGAAGGAAAUUAAACGUUUCGAAACUCUGGCGUUUUUGGAAACUUUUUCUGCACGAGAUCAGAAAGGUGGGCAAAUGUAUUUAUCCUUAAAACAUUUACGUGAUUUUAAACAUAUUUACUUGUCUGGAAAUCCGAUAAAAACUUUAGAACCUAUAAUCGAUUUUUACAAGCUAGAAUAUCUUGAACUUGCAGCUGCACAAAUCAAAGAAUUGCCUCAUAAAUUAAAUCACGUUUGUCCCAGCAUAAUCGUGUUAAUAUUAAGCUAUAACGAAUUGCGGGAUCUUACGUCUCUUCGUAAAAUGAAACGAUUAAGGCGAUUGUUUUUAGAAGGCAAUCGUAUAUAUGAUUAUAUGGCCUUUUCUGAGGUGUUAAAAACUUUGCCUAAAUUAAAAUAUUUGGAUACGAGAAAUAAUCCGUUUUCAAGCAAUUUUUAUCCAACUAUCCCGGCUGUUGCCUCAUCGUUGGUUCACCAAAAUUCUUAUGCUAUGCAUCGUGUCCCAGAAGAAGAAAUGGAAUGGGAUCGUCGGGAUGAAGACUUUAAACAAAAUCUAGAAGAUCAGUGGUUUGUUAAAAGAUGUUUUUACAGAUAUGACGUUUUUCGUCGAUGUCCGAAUAUUGAAUGGCUUGAUGGAUCCUCAAUUGAUCCAAAGGAAAAAGAAUUGGGAAGUAACUUACUAAAUGUGGAUACAGCUAAAAUCUUGAAAUCUGCGUAAAGGAUACGUUUUGCUGUCAUAAUAUUAGUCUAGAGAUUUUUUAUGCAAAUAAAUUAUUGUUAAACCAUUACUUAUAGAAAAGGAUAUUUUUCGGAUUUUAUACCAGACAAAUUAACCUUUUAAUCGUAUCUUUAUCACUAAUUGUAUUUAUAAACUUUUCCACUCAAGGAAUUCGUGAGACAUUGAGAUAAGGAUAUUACGUAAUAUUUUUUGUCCAAAUUAUUUUGUAAUCACUUAUUACUUUUUCGGAAUAGAAAAAAAAUCUAAUCUUAUCUAAUCAAACAAAUAAUGUCACGAUUAGUUUUGUUUUUAGUCUAAGUUAAUAAGGUA